AUGUCGUCACCAAAUAUUUCGCGUCGUCGCCGAGACACCGAAGAUGAAGAUAGCGACGAACCCACGUACACCUCUUCAUCGAGCAACAAGCGCCCCCGCCUUAACCCCGCGGAUGAGAAUGAAUCGGAGACUGGAGAGGAUAGUGAGGAGGGAGGCUCAUUAUCGGAGAGCGAAGAAUCUGCCUCUCAAAUCCCGCCAGCCGCUCACCCUGGGCUUGGUCCCGGUGGCUACAAGCCGGGUGCGAUUGUUCGCAUCAAGGUGAAGAACUUUGUCACAUACACAUCAGCAGAAUUCUUCCCAGGGCCGAAGUUGAACAUGGUUAUUGGGCCAAACGGAACAGGCAAGAGUACGCUUGUUUGUGCCAUCUGUCUGGGCUUGGGCUGGGGACCUCAGCACCUCGGGCGCGCAAAAGAUCAGGGCGAAUUCGUGAAACACGGCAGCCGAGAGGCUACGAUCGAGAUUGAACUCUGCGGACCUCCUAAGAUGGGUCGCAACCCCAUCAUUCAGCGAACCAUCAAACGUGAUGGAAACAAGAGCACAUUUAUGAUCAACGGAGAGCCAGCAUCUAACAAACAAGUACUGAAGCUGGCCCAGUCAUUUGCUAUCCAGGUCGACAACUUGUGCCAAUUUCUCCCUCAAGAUAAAGUUGCAGAGUUCGCUGCACUGUCCCCAGUCGAUCUUCUCCGUUCUACGCAGAGAGCGGCAGCUGGCCCAGAAAUGAUUGAGUGGCAUGACGCCCUGAAAACGCUCAGAGGCCAGCAGAAAAAACUGGAGAUCGAUAACCGCGGAGACAAGGAUAUGCUGGCGAACAUGGAAAACCGCCAAGAAAUGCAAAGAGCUGAUGUCGAGAGAAUGCGCCAGAGAGCUGGGAUCAAAAGAAAAAUCGAGAUUCUCGAGUUUUUGCGCCCAAUUGUCGAAUACAAAGAAGGACAUGCGGCUCUCGAGGUCCUGAAAGCCACCAAAGCUCAAUUACAGCAGGAACACGAGCAGCUCAAGGCAGAUCUGGAGCCUGCACUCCGUGCACUCACUGUCAAAGAAUCCUACAUUGAGCAGUUAAACAAUGUCAAGAGCCAGAGAAAAGACUCGGUCGAACGGGCGUCCAGACUUGCCACCACGCGCGGUACACAAAUCGAUGAAUAUGACGGCAAAAUCAAGGACCUCGCUGGUCAGAUUGAGGCCGAAAGAAAGACGGGAGUGACACAUAAGAAGGAAGCAGCAAAUGCCCAGCAAAAUAUCAAGAUGCUCCAACGCAAGUUGGAGGAAGAGCCUGUCGAGUUCGAUCCGGAUUUCUUCAAUGAAAGCUUGAGAGCGAAACGACUUGAGAAGCGUGACCUUAUAGCCCAAGCUGGAGAGAUCAAGGAGCGACGGCAACCACUGAUUAAUCAAGGCAACGAGACGACAAGGAAAAUCAAUCAAGCUGAACAACAGAUUAAAAAUCUCAACUCGCAAUCCGGCCAACAAGAACACAAGUUGAAAAUGGCAUCUCAGGACUCGCUGAGGGCCUACCGAUGGCUUCUUGAAAACCAAGAUAGGUUUGAAAAAGAAGUCUUUGGCCCACCCAUCGUGACCUGCUCGAUCACCAACCCAAGUUAUGCCAAUGCCGUCGAAUCCUUGUUCCAGAAGACGGAUUUCACAUCCUUCACCACACAGACCCGGAACGAUUUCCGCACCUUGCAGAGGGCGCUCAAUGGAGAACUGCGCCUUCAUGAUGUCAGUAUCCGCACAUGCUCGAUGUCACUGGAUAGUAUGAGGGCCCCUUUGCCCGAUGAUCAAAUUCGCCAAAUGGGAUUUGAUGGAUGGGCGAAGGAUUUCCUCACUGGCCCCGAACCUGUCAUUGCUAUGCUUUGCAGCGAAAAGUCACUCCACUCCACUCCCAUCGGACUCACAGACAUCCCAGAGAAUGUAUUCAACCAAUUGCAGAAUGGUACAUUGAGCUCGUGGGUGUCCGGUCAGAACACCUACCAAGUGAAUCGACGAAGGGAAUACGGCCCCAGCGCGACUUCUACGCGGGUUCGGCAAAUCAAGCCUGCUCAGGUGUGGACGUCACAGCCUGUGGAUGUCAGUCUCAGGCGACAAUACCAGGAGAAUAUUGACACGUGGAGGGACGAAUUGAAAGAGGUUGAGGACCAGCUUCAGUCUGAGAAGACUAUCAUGGAGAAGCUCAGGCAAGAUAUUGAUCGAAAUGAACAAGAGAUGCGUGAUAUCGAGAGGGAAAAGACCACAAAACAAACAGCCUACACCCAGUAUCGAGCCAUUCCCGAGAAGAUCGCUCAACAAGAGGCUAAACUUCAAAAUAUCACUUCAUUGUUUGAGAGGGUACGAGAUACAGUCCGCGAAUUACGGGACAAGCAAGACGAGUUCUCUAUUCUGAAGGCCGAGGCCACUGUCAACUAUGCCGACGCCGUCGAAGCUUUCCGCCAAGAAUAUGAGGAACUCAUCAAACUGGAGGUGCGACUUUUGGAGGCAAGCUCAGACCUUCAGACCCUACGGCACCGCAACGAUGAUUGUGCCAGAAUGCUAGAGGAGAAGAGCAUAAAGGCUCACCAAGCCUCCGUCACUGUCAGAGAAACUGCGAUGAAGCUCAGGGCCGUCAAUCAAAAAGCAAAACUCGUUGUCCGCGAAGCUCGCAAUCAACCCGACGCAAAAGAAGUGAUGGAAGGAGGGGUUGCUGAUUAUGACAUGGACCAGCUCAACGCUGAUAUCGACUCAGAAAAGGCCCGUCUGGAACUUACCCAUGGCGGUAGUAGCCACAUGAUCAAAGAAUUCGAAGAUCGUGAGAAGCAGAUUGAGAAGCUCCGCUCCAAACUCGCCGCGUUCCAAAACAAGCUCACUGAACUUGGAGGUGCAAUUGACGAGAUCCGCAAGAACUGGGAGCCCAGGUUGGACGCACUCAUCAAGAAGAUCAGCGAUGCCUUUGCCGAUUCUUUCAACCGAAUCGGAUGUGCUGGUCAAGUCACUCUAGACAAGGUGGAAGAUGAGCCUGAGACCGAAAACGAGGUUGGUGGCAGCGACUUUGACCAGUGGGCGAUUCAGAUCCAUGUCAAAUUCCGUGAGAACGCACAGCUGUCGCUUUUGGAUUCACAUCGCCAGUCCGGUGGCGAGAGAGCCGUGAGUACCAUCUUCUAUCUCAUGGCACUUCAGUCUCUCUCUGCCUCGCCGUUCCGUGUCGUCGAUGAGAUCAACCAAGGUAUGGACCCGCGCAACGAGCGCAUGGUCCACGGCCGCCUGGUAGAUAUUGCUUGUGCCUCUAGUGAGGAUGCGCAUGUUGAAACCGACGAGGACGGCAGCCCCAUCGGUGGCAGCGGCGGUGGACAGUACUUCCUCAUUACACCCAAGCUACUCAACGGACUUUCCUACAAGCGUGGCAUGCGGGUGCUCUGUAUCUACAGUGGAGAGCACAUGCCGGACGACUAUGGCAAGAUCGACUUCAAACUGGCGAUUCGCAACAUGAAGGCGAUCAACGCGAAAACUGGGAACACCGGCACAGCCAGAAGAAUCCCAGGGAACAGCCAAGUCGAUAUUUACGCUUAA